AUGUCUCAAGCUGCCCAUGCAGUGAGCGAGACCGGCGGGGAGCUGAACGUCGACACUUGGAGUCACGCCCUGCAGCAAUGGAACAGGGACUACAGCCCUGAUGCAGACGCCGCUGCCACCGGAUUCGUCUCCAUCUCGUCGUCUUCGGCCGGCCUGAAGCGGCCUCGAUCCGGCUCCUCCACCUCCAGGGACCGCCAGGAAGCAGGGAAGAGCGGCGGUGGGGAGCCGGAGCAUGAGAUACACAUAUGGACCGAGAGGGAGAGGAGGAAGAAGAUGAGGAACAUGUUCUCCAGCCUCCACGCCCUCCUCCCCCACUUACCUGCUAAAGCAGACAAAUCUACGAUUGUAGAUGAGGCAGUGAAGCACAUCCAAGCGCUGCAGCAGAAGCUCGAGAAACUCGAGAAACAGAAGCUCGAGCAUCUCCACAGCCAGGGGCGGCCGCCGCCGCCACCUCCUGCUGCUGCAGGCUCCGACCAAACGGCCUCCACCGCAGUCAGCAGGGAAGCCUUCUUGGCCGAGCAAGGCAAGAGCUACUUCCCGACCAACUCUCCUUCGCCGGCGACGGCUGCCGCCCGGUUCCCCUCGCAGUCCCUGCAGACUUGGUCGUCGCCCAAUGUGGUGCUGAGCGUGAGCGGCGACGACGCCUUCAUCUGCAUCAGCGCACCCAAGAAGCCGAGCGUCCUCUCCACCGUUGCCGCCGUAAUGGAGAAGCACAAACUCGACCUCCUCUCCGCCUCCGUCUCCGCUGACUUCUUCAGAACCAUGAUCAUGAUCCAUGCUCGUGCAAGUGAUGCCGGUGGCCAGCUCCCGGAGACGUUGAUGAACGAAGAGAUAUACAAGUUGGCCGUCGGCGAGAUGAUCAUUUGGCUUUCAACAUCACCAAACCAUUAA